AUGAAAGGGUUGAAGGCCGCUGGGAGGGAUAAAGGGCUCUUCCUCCGAACCUCGGUCCAUCGGUCUGUCGAGGGUGGGGGGCCUGGGCCUGGCCUCAAGGAUCCCCCUUACACCCCUAGGCUGCAGCCUGCACCCCGCAGCUCGGGGCCACCUGGGCUCCCCCCAGUCCCGAACCCUCCCAAACUGAAGGCCACCCUGCCCGGCCUCCUCGCGCCGCUCGAGCAGGCAAAGGGGCCGGAGCUCGCCCUCCCGCCCCCCUUCCCGGUCGGCCCCGCGUCCCCGGCGCCGAGCUGCGCAGCGCGGCCAGGGACCGGAGCCGGGAGUCCGGGCCGCCGCUUCCAGGGGACAGGAGGGGAGGAGGAGGAGCCGGCGGGCCCCGCCGCCCGCCCGCCUUCCCGGCCCGAGCCCGCCCCGCCGCCCCUCCACCCCAACCCCGGGCCCGGCCGGUCACCGAGCGGUCGCCCCCGCCGCCCAGCACUCACCGGCCGCCGGAGCCCGCCCGGCAGGGAGCAGGAGCGGAGACGCGGCAUCCAGCGGCUCCGGCCCGGUCCGGGCAGGAGCGCAGCGCGGCGCAGCACAGCACCGCCCCCCGCGGCCGCGCGAGCCGAACCGAAAGGGAGCUCCCUGCUGGCGGCUCCGGGGAUAAACGGCCGGCCUUCCUGGCAGCGCCUGGGCGCGCCUCCAGAGCGGGCCAGGCGGGCACCGGGCGCUGCCCUGGAGACCUCUGUGAGGGUCCCAGAGGCCCUGCCUGGAGGUUGCUCUGCACCGGGCAUCCGAGGCUGCUGGGCGCGCCCAGGGCGGGCACUGGGGUCACGCUGA